AACGUUUGUGCCUUUUACAUUCAAUCUUAAAAUCAAUUUUUUACUGUUUUUGCAAAUAUUCAACUUAAUACAUAAUCAUGUGCGUCGUGACUGAAUUGUGCCACCAUUUUGCCAAGCGUUAUCCCAAAAAGUUCGUGAGCAUUGGACAUCCGAUUUCGGUGAUUUUGGUAUUGGUUGCGACACCUUUCUUUUUCACGCUUCAGAUGUUUUACAUAGCGCCGAAAAUUUUCAAUGAUGUGUUGUACAAGAUUUACUGGGUAGUGGCUAUCUUCAUAACGUACAACAUCCUGGGAAAUAUGAUUUUCUGUUAUUUAUAUAACUCUUCGGUGGAGAGACUGCCCAAGGAAGGUAAACUUCCGGUUCCGGAAGAGGAGCACCUAUGGCAUUAUUGUGAAAUCUGCCAGAAGCUAAUGCCACCGCGAUCCUGGCAUUGUGCAUUGUGUGGAUGCUGCAUUUUAAAACGUGACCACCACUGCUUGUUUACGGCCACUUGUGUGGGACACAAUAACCACCGAUAUUUCUUCUGGUUCACAUUCUAUAUGACACUUGGAACUUGCUUGAGCUUGGUCACCUCACUGGUCUAUGGGAUAAUGAGUGGCAUUUCGAUUCCUUUCUAUGACAUGUUUUAUUUAUUUAUGAAGGAUACUUCACCCACUUCCUGCAGCUACUGUCAGUAUAUUAUCUUGCUCCUCAACAAUGUCGCCUGCGCUGUCCCUGCCCUUAUGUUGGCAUUUCAAAUACAGAUUGUUUGCCAUAAUGCUACCUACUACCAAAUAUUCGAUCGCACCUACGAUCUGGGCUUCCGAAAGAACUGCAAGCUAAUCAUGGGUCAACGAGGCCUCUGGACUUUUUUAUCGCCGACUUUGAAAAGUCCAUUGCUCCACGAUGGAACCCAAUGGCAGAUGAGGCCUGACUCUAAAUUAUUAAAUGCCCCCAAAGCUAAUGUAAACUAGUACUGAGAACU